GAAUUAUUGCCGCGGAAAAAUUUCCAAGCUCUGCCUGUUCGUUGGCCAUGGUUGAUAGGAGUCGGUGUUCGCGCGUCAUCGGGAUUCGCGGCUCUUUAUGCUGAAUCAGCUGCUGGUCAUGAAAUUGCGUCCACCACAUGCUUCGAUCAGCCUCAAUGGGUGGAAAGGCGAAUCUGACGAAUCACCACCAUGGUUGUGUACUUUGCCGAAUCCUUCCGCAGAUUCGAUACGAGUUGUGUCGGUCAAGGUUCCAUGGAAUUGUUCUACAACACCAAAAUACUUCGACAACCUUCGAAGCCGUGUAGAAUUGGUCAACUGCCGCUCGAUUAGAAUGCUAAUAUCACAAGGAUCACAAGCACUGCAGCCGGGAACAGAUGCAGAAACGUCAUCAAUACUCAUUCGAGAGCGGCUACAUUGUAGUUAUGUGCCGCGAUAUGGUUUAUUUCACAAAUUUCGACUGGCACCAAAGUACAUGCAAAGCACAGUUCAACCACAGCAGACCCAGUGCUACAAGAACACCGCCUUGAUCUACACAUAAAAACUAUCCCAGUGGAAGCUAGGUGUGUAGUGCAAUUCUCCACACCACGCUCCUGAUGAACGAGUUAGAGAAGACAGCAGGCCUGUACAAGAAAUUUGCAUCCAUCUCACCUAACCCGGGGGCGUGUAGUGUACUUUGCGAAACACUGAUAUGCUAGACACACGCC